AUGACCCCCAUGGACAAUGCAGGCCCUGUUUGCGGCCUGAAGUUUGUGACUCUCCUGAUUGCUCUAAGUCCACAAGUCCUACUCCUGGGAGCUGGAGUGCAGCUUCAGAACAAUGGGUAUGACGGAUUACUCGUUGCAAUUAAUCCUCAGGUACUAGAGAAUCAGAACCUCAUCUCAAACAUUAAGGAAAUGAUAACUGAAGCUUCUUUCUAUCUAUUUAACGCCACCAAGAAAAGAGUGUUUUUCAGAAAUAUCAAAAUUUUAAUACCUGCCACAUGGAAAGCUAAUAAUUACACCAAAGUAAAGCAAGAAUCAUAUGAAAAGGCAAAUGUUAUAGUGACUGACUGGUAUGGAGCACAUGGAGAUGACCCAUAUACCCUACAAUACAGAGGUUGUGGGAAAGAGGGAAAAUACAUUCAUUUCACAUCCAAUUUCCUACUAAGUGAUAACUUAAUAGCUGGCUACGGAUCACGAGGCAGAGUGUUUGUCCACGAAUGGGCCCAUCUCCGUUGGGGUGUGUUUGAUGAAUAUAACAGUGACAGACCUUUCUACAUAGAUGGUCAAAAUCAAAUCAAAGUAACAAGGUGUUCAUCUGACAUCACAGGCAUUUUUGUGUGUGAAAAGGGUCCUUGCCCCCAAGAAAACUGUAUUAUUAGUAAGCUUUUCAAAGAGGGAUGCAUGUUUCUCUAUAAUAGCACCCAAAAUGCAACGGCAUCAAUAAUGUUCAUGCAAAGUUUAUCUUCUGUGGUUGAUUUCUGUAAUGCAAGUACUCACAACCAAGAAGCUCCAAACCUACAGAACCAAAUGUGUAGCCUCAGAAGUGCAUGGGACGUAAUCACAGAGUCUGCCGACUUCAGUUAUGCCUUUCCCAUGAAUGGGACGGAACUUCCACCUCCUCCCACAUUCUCCCUUGUACAGGCUGGUGACAAAGUGGUCUGUUUAGUGCUGGAUGUGUCCAGCAAGAUGGCAGAGGCUGACAGCCUUCUUCGACUGCAGCAAGCAGCAGAAUUUUAUUUGAUGCAGAUUGUUGCAAUUCAUACCUUCGUGGGCAUCGCCAGUUUUAGCAGCAAAGGGGAGAUCAGAGCCCAGCUACGCCAAAUUAACACCAAUGAUGACCGGAAGCUGCUGGUUUCACAGCUGCCCACCACUGUGUCUGCCGGAGCAGAAGCCAGUGUCUGUUUGGGGCUUAAGAAGGGAUUUGAGGUGGUCGAAAAACUGAAUGGAAAAGCCUACGGCUCAGUGAUGAUUUUGGUGACCAGUGGGGAUGACAAGCAUAUCAGCAACUGCUUCCUCACCGUCCUCAGCAGUGGCUCCACCGUGCACUCCAUCGCCCUGGGUUCAUCUGUGGCCCCAGACCUGGAGGAAUUAGCACAUCUUACAGUCACUACCGAUGUAGUUUCAGUCCGAGUAGGGAAGGCCUUAAUUUAUCCUUUAUGGAGAAAGCUGCUUCCGUCCGUGUAUCAGUCCUGCGAGAAGGUCAGGAACGUCAUCUACAUCCCUGCGGCAGCCCAGGGCCCCGCAGAGUGUGGCACAUCAAUCCACAACCGCUUGCUAGAAAGUAUGGGUGAAAAUGUUCAGCCUCACCACCAACUGAAAAGCACUGUGACUGUCGACAGCUGUGUGGGCAAUGACACUGUGUUUCUAGUUACAUGGCAGACCAGCAGUCUCCCUGAGAUUACAUUAUUUGAUCCUGAUGGAAGAAAAUACCACACACAUAAUUUUAUCACCAAUCUAGCUCUUCGGACAGCUGGCCUCUGGAUUCCAGGAACUGCUAAGCCUGGACUCUGGACUUACAUAGUGAACAAUACCCACCAUUCUCUGCAAGCCCUAAAAGUGACAGUGACCUCUCGUGCCUCCAGCUCAGCUGUGCCCCCAGUCACUGUGGAGGCCUUUGUGGAAAGAGACAGCACCCACUUUCCCCAUCCCGUGAUGAUCUAUGCCAGUGUGAGAAAAGGGUUUUAUCCCAUUCGUAAUGCUACUGUCACUGCCACAGUUGAGCCAGAGACCGGAGAUGCUGUCACACUGAGACUUCUUGAUGAUGGAGCAGGUGCUGAUGUUAUAAAAAAUGAUGGAAUUUACUCGAGGUAUUUUUUCUCCUUUGCUGUAAAUGGCAGAUACAGCCUGAAAGUGCAUGUCAGUCGCUCUCCGAGUAUAAGCACCCAGGGCCUCUCUAUUCCAGGAAGUCAUGCGAUGUAUGUACCAGGUUACAUAACGAAUGGAAACAUUCAGAUGAAUACCCCAAGGAAAUCAGUGGGCAGAAGUGAGCAGGAGCUAAAGUGGGGCUUUAGCCGAAUAAGCUCCGGAGGCUCCUUUUCAGUGAUGGGAGUUCCACCCAGCUCCCAUCCUGAUGUGUUUCCACCAUGCAAAAUUAUUGACCUGGAAGCUGUAAAAGUGGAAGAGGAGGUGACCCUAUCUUGGACAGCACCCGGAGAAGACUUUGAUCGGGGACAGGCUACAAGCUAUGAAAUAAGAAUGAGUAAAAGUCUACAGAAUAUUCAAGAUGACUUUAACAAUGCUAUUUUAGUGAAUACAUCAAAGCUAAGUCCUCAGCAAGCUGGUACCAGAGAGAUAUUUACAUUUUCACCUAAACUUCUCACAAAUGGACUUGAACAUCAACCCAAUGAAGAGACACAAGAAAGCCACAGAAUUUAUGUGGCAAUACGAGCAGUGGAUAGGAACUCCUUAAAGUCUGCUGUCUCUAACAUUGCCCAGGCAUCUCUGUUUAUCCCUCCAAAUUCUGCUCCCAUACCUGCCAGAGAUUGUCUAAUAUUGAAAGGAGUUUUAACAGCAGUGGGUUUGAUAGGACUAAUUUGCCUUAUUAUAGUUGCAACACACUAUACUUUAAACAGGAAAAAGACAGCAGGUAAGAAAGAGAAUGGGGCAAAAUUACUAUGA